UGUUGAGUUUUCGCGCAGUGGUGUUACUGAAUAGUUCACUCACGGCAAUGGAUGCAUCAACAACUGUGAAGAAUGGCUACUGUAGCAGUAAAAUGAACGGUAACCCAACCAAAAUGGUGGCAAACAGUUCUGCCGCACAGAACGUCUCGCCCAAGUUAGGAGCUCGAAGAGAGGAGGGCUCUAGAAUCCUGUCCUUGCUGAAAUUCCUAUGGUUCGUCAUAGUUUGUUUCUUGUCCUACGUGCUUCUCUUCACGUCCGUUCUGCCCUUGGUUCCACUAAUUGUGGUAUACUACAGUCUAAAGGUGAUCGAACGAUAUCUCGUCUACUGGACAUCUGGCGACCUUCACCUGAGCGGCCUGGAUGCGCUUUGGCAACAGAAAAGUGACGUGAAUCGUCUAGCGAUUACCGGAUUUUACUGCGCGGAGAACAAAACGGACUUCGAGAAAGCUCUUCGAGAUUUCCGACAAGCUGUUUUAGAUCGCAUGGUGAACGCUAAGAAGUCGGACGGAACCUUACUUUAUCCGAGGGCCCGUUGUUGCAUUCGCCCAGGCUACUUUCAGUACUUUUUUCAGGAAGACAGAUCUUUUCGCAUUGAAAACCAUGUGUUUAAGUGGGAUGGUGAAGUGCCCUCUUCCAGAGAGGAGUUAGAAGGGAUCGUUUCUAAGCUGAGUAAUGAACCCUUUAAAGAAGGAGUUUCCCCUUGGUAUUUCUGCUGUGUUCCUACAAAUUAUGGUGACAAGGAUUUCACGGCAAUCUUCAGGAUGUCUCACAGUGUUGCAGAUGGUGUGUCCUUGACAAGGUUCCUUAUGAAUCAGCUACCGGAUCAAUCAAAAAAUGAGAAGGAGACUAAGAAGUUUACGUCAUCAACUUCUCAAGUACCUCUCAUGGCCAAAGCAAUAUUAAGAAUGGCAUAUUCAAUGCUUAGGCUAGUUUUUGGCUUUCCUGACCAAUCCAUUCUACAUGGGCCAAAGCUGAGUGGCAUCAAAAAAGUUACCUGGAAUGAAGAAUUUGAUUUCAAAUUGAUCAAGCAAAUCAAAGCAGCCACAGGCACAACUGUCAAUGAUGUCUUGAUGUCUUGCCUCUCACGUGCAAUCAGAAGGUGCUUCCAGAGAAAGGGUGUGGAAAACCCUCCAGACUUCAAGGCAUCAAUUCCAGUAGAUGUCCGUCUUUCAGCCCCCAAGAAAGAACCCAGCUUCGAAAACAUGUUUUCUCUGGUCUUCCUUAGGCUUGCAGUUGGGACUGAAGGUGUUCUGAAUCAAUUACAAGAGACCAAAGCACGUAUGGAUGAAUGCAAAUACUCUGGUGAACCAUUAGCCACAGCCUGUGUGAUGAUGCUGUCUAAUGAAUUUUUCCCUGAAUUUAUGAUUAAGAGAAUAAACACUGUAAUCACUGAGAAGUCAAGUUGUGUUUUAUCAAAUGUACCUGGUCCCCAGCAUGCCCUCUCAGUGGCUGGUCGACCUAUCAAGUACACAACAUUCUGGCCUCCUCAGAGAGACAACAUUGGAAUUGGGCUGUCCAUCUAUACCUAUGCUGGCCGAGUUAUUAUUGGAGUGCAAAGUGAUGUCAGUGUGCUACCAGAUCCACAGAUCAUUACAGAAGAGUUUGGAAAUGCUCUAAAGGAGAUGACCCAAAGUGUUCUUCAUGAUGACGUGGUCAACGGAAAUGUGAUUCGCUAGACUUGACCUGUUGAUCAGCUUCAAGUAUUCUCACAAGUGAUAGGACUUGAGUAACUUUGUACCAACUUUUGUUGAACUUUGUUUGGAAGAGGACACUCAUGCAUGAAAGCAAGUAAGAUUGUAAUAUUAUUUAGUACUAACAAGGUCCUAAAACUAUAAUGAAAGAAAAACAACUUGAGCUAAAACUUGACCUUGUCCAGGUGCUCGGAAUGCUGACCAUAAUGUGGUAAAGAAGGCAUACAACUAAAUUGUUGAUAGGUGCAUCUUUGAAAAUUCAAAGCAGUAAUCAAUUUUAAAUGAAUGAGCCAUUUGCUUCAUAUUUGUGAAAAAAUACUUAUGCGUUAAAGGUUUCAUCCCAGAGACAAGAUAUUGUUUAGAAAAAAAGUUAUUUUUCAACUUGAUACAAUUUUUUUGACAAAAAAUCAAACAAAUUUAUGUAUUUGCAGAAUGUGAUAUCGUAUUGGUAUGAACCCUAACUUUAAUAUAUCCAUAUUCCCCAUACUUGACUCUGUAUAUUCCCUUUGGUGCUGAAAAAGAAAAUUCGUUUAACAGUCAAAGCCUGCAUUAUCAAUCAUGUCCUUUUAUUCUCGUGCCUUAACCCUUUAACUCCCAGAUCAAAUUUGUAAUUCUCCUUACAGUCAACCAUACAAUUCUUAUAAUGUUAUUCAGAGAAUUUAUUGUUGAAUUGACUAACUAUCUCCAAAUUGACAUUUUUCUUUAUUCUCAUCACUUAUCUGGUUGAUAUUGUAUUAAUAUUGUAUGGAGAAAUUCAGUUUUGGUCACUCACAGGAGUUAAGGGGUUAAUAAAUGAUUCAGUAGAAUAAUUAAGUGUAUGGAGAAAUUAGAUGCUGGUCACUCUCAGAGCUUAGAGGGUCAAUAAUACUCUUAUAGUCAAUUUUUUUCUCUAAUACCAUCCUAAGCAUGUACACAAGUUUGUGUGUUUGAGAUUUGCAUGCAAACUUUGAAUUUGGCCAAAGCCUGUAAGGGGAAUAAGUGUUUGUAACUCAAGUGGUGGUUUUGUUGUAGAGCAAGUGUUGAUCCAUUUAAUUUCCCUUUUUUAAGUAAGAACGAGGAGGAAAUCACUAGAAUUUUGUGCACUCUAACUAAGAAUUGUUACUCCAAAAAGAGUGUUUAGGUUUCUCACAAUGAUUUUUGUUGAAAAUUCACAUCCAAACUUGCGAAUCAAGUUAGAAACAAACUGUACUGAGAGAUCUUUUUCAUAGUGACCUUAAAAGUUAGUGAGUGGAAUAUUUAUUGUAAGAUUUGAUAGAAACUAUCCAAUCAAAUAGAUAAAUUAUAUAAUUUAAUAUUUAAAAAAUGACCUUAUAUCAAUUUACAAGAGUUAUUGAAGAAAAAAAUUACAAGUUACCUUUACAUUGAGUUGAUCUUGUACAUGAAGGUACAGUUAGUCGUUAGAGCAUAGUACAUACAUUUGUGAAAUUAAGUAUUGAUUUGUAUGGUCAAAAUGAAGUUAUUAUCCAGGUCAUGUUUAAGUUGAUUGUUAGCUAAAAUAAAAAUUAAUUUUGUAAGAAACUUAGCAGAUAUCAGUAAGUAUAAUUAUAUAGUACUUUGCAUCAUAUACCGUAAUACUACAGAUUAUCAUUAAUGAAGACAAGGCAAUGUAGACAUUGUCUAAGAUAAGAGAGAAAGAUACUGAAAAAAUAUCAAACAUCAUCAAUAUUAUUGAGUCAUGAUCUCAAUUUUUCAGCGUUAUUAGUAUUUAAAAGAUAGUAUUUGUUUCAAGUAAUAGAUUUUUGUCAAUUCUUUUGUGAAAAGCUUUGCUCAGGAGUUUAUUUUAUUAGAUAGUACAGAAGCAGGAAUGCUUAACUCCAAUAAGUGAUAAAUUGUAUUAAAAAUGGGGAAGAGUUUAAAAA